UCCACCGGCAAGCAGAGCCAGUCACACAGAGCCCCAGGACACUCAGAAACUAUCAUGGCCAGAGUCCCUGACGUGUUGGAGGCGCUGCAUAGUGAAAAUGAAGGAUUUAUUUCGGACAUUGGUCAAGCUUCGUUGGGUCAGGACUCCUUCUACCCUAGCUUCAGCUCACACCACAAAGAGAGGUGGUCAAGCCCUGAGUUUUCUAAGAAGGCCCACCAGCUUAAUUUCCAAGAGGGUAUGGCAGCACCAGUAUCCCAAAGGAAAGUCAAAAAGAAGAGGCGUCCCUUCAAAAAUCAUUACCCUUCUGACAAUGACAGCCUUCCAGAAAAGGAUAAAGAUGUAACCAAAUACGCAGCAGCUUCCUUCGCCCUUCAAAACAAGAUGGAUUUUAGAUUCAUUUCCUAUACCUUCAAACAAACACUGUAUGACCAAAUGGCCCGAGGAAUAAUAAAAACAGGAAAGAACCUCAAAGCUGUUCCAAUACAGGGCAGCACGCCUGAAGUGAUAUUUGAUAUAGGCAUGUAUGCAAACUUAGGACCUAUACCACAUUAUGUGAUCCCUGUGACUUUAAGGAUCUCAAACACAAACCUGUACGUGGCAGCAGGGAAGGAAAAGGAACCUGUAUACCUAGAGGAAAUUCCAGAGACACCUAAAUGGAUUGAUGGUUCUACGAGUAAUAUCCUCUUCUACCAGUUAGACCCUCAGAAUUACUGCACCUUUAACUCUGUUGCCAAUCCAGAACUGUAUCUGGCUACAUCCCCCAUGGAAGAUCAGUUGAUGCACAUGGCUGAAGGACUGCCUUCUCUUAUUCACUUCCUAGUGACUGAUGCAUAAAGCACAAAGUUUGGGAGGAGGAAAGGACCUCCACAGUAAUCUCAUCAGAGGAUUUGGGAGGCAACCUCCAAGACCUUCUUCUCCAACAUCCUCAUUUUGAAGGUGAGGAAACUGCUUGCCCAUGGUCCCACAUAUGAAGUGUCAGAGGCAGUAGUUGAACCCACACCCGAACUACAGAGCCACCAUGCUUUCCACUGAAUCAUACUGCUGUAGUCUAUUGUACCAAGCUGGUAUGUACUACGUACAUGAUGUAACCAAAUCCUUUACUCUUAGUCAUGUGCUAUGCAUAUGGCUUUGGGAUAAGCCUCUGUUAUUCUAAAUGAAUGUUUGUGAAAGAGUUGCCACAGUCCAGUGGACCUAGUACUAGCUCAAGAUGAUCAUUUACUAGUUGGAGAAUAUCCUAUAUUUUACAAAGAGCUGAUCAUUUUAAUAUUAAUAUUCUUUAUGGCUCUUUUAUGAGGCAGACUACAACUGACCAUAACCAUCUGAGAGCAACACUAUUAGAGAUGUUGGCAUUAUUCUAAUUAUAUUAUGGAGGGAUGAAGUGAGGAAGGAGAAAAAUUGAGACAUAUGUAGAAUGUAGAAGGUAAAACAACCAGAAUCUUUUUGUCUGUUGCUUAGAAAACUUCCUAUUUCCCUUCUCAUCUUUAUUUGCUGAGUGGGUUUCAGAUAAGUAGUAUAGCUGAGUUCACCAUCUUUAAGAUAGGGAACUUCUAUAUCUCCUUCCUAUCUAGAACAGAAGUGCUAUCAAGAUGAUCAUUUCUAUCAAACUUUUUGAGGGCCUCUGAACCAUGAAAUCACAACAUUCAAGAGUGAGAGGAGCCCUUCAGUGACCAACUAAUCCAAAUUGUCCAUGAAAAAAAUCCUGUCUCUAACAGAUCAUAGCUAACAAGUGUUUAACCAGCCUUGGUUUGAAGAUCUUCAAGGAAGGGAAGACUAUCUCCUCAAGAGGUAGUCCAUUCCACUAUGGGACAGCUUUAAUUCUUUGAAAGAUAUUUAUUAGCUUUUUUCCUGACAGCAAACCUAAAUUGGUCCCUUUUCAGCCACCACCCAUUGAUCCUGGGCCAGCCCUCUUGGGACCAAAGAGAACAAAUCUAAUCCCUCCACCAUGUAACAGCCUUUCAAAUACUUGAGCAGAGCUCUCAGAGCUCCUCUGGGUCUAUUCUUCUCCGGGCUAAAUAUCUCCACUUCAUUCAAUCUAUUCUGAAAUGCCAUGGACUCCAUCCAGACUCCUUUCUAUCCUUAUUGCCUCAUUCUGAAUGUUCUCCUGCUUAUCAGAAACCUUCUUAAACCAGGAUGCCUAGAACUGAACACAUGACUCCAGAUGAGGUUUGAGAGGGGCUGUACAAACACAAAGUGUUUCAAAGAUGCAAAAAUGGAUACAUCUAUGGGUUGUUUCGCUGCAAAACCUGGGCAUUCAUGUCUGGAAAGAGCAGACUAACAAAAUGACCCCCAUCUUCUGCCUUAAGUCUUUCCUGAUCUUCCUGGCUGCUAGUGUCCUUUCUCCCAAACUACCUUGUAUUCACCUUCUUUCUAUGUACCUAUAUUCAUUCACUGAAUACUUAUUCUUUAUUUGCUUAUAUAAAAGUUGUUGUUUCUCCCAUUAUAAUGUAAGCUUUUAGUGAAGAGGAAGUUAUUUCACAGAGGAUAGCACAUUGUAGGUACUUAAUAAAUAUUUAUUCGUAUGUGUAGAUAUACAUACAUGUAUUUAUAUCUCAAAUUAUGUUCCUUAUUUAUUAUUAUUAAUGUAUUGAAAGAUUUAUUGU